AUGGCACACAGCACUGGCGCCCGGCAACAGCAGCAACAACAGCAACAUAGGAACACAACAAUAGCCAUAGCAACCACGUCGGAAAUGCCUGUGCUAGACCAGAUUUUCAAGACCCUCCACCGUCUUGAGACUCAGGUCAAUAGCCAGAGCAAUCGGCUCAACGCAAUUGAGCUGUCGAUCAAGUCCAGGUCCGACGACAUUACGGCGUCCAGCACGGACGAUAGCUCGAGCGAAACUUCGAACUCCGGCUUCAGCAACCAUAGACAGAGUCGGAGCUCCGCGAGCUCUAUGAAUACGCCGUCCCCGCAUUGCCCCCAGUCUCCGGCGGCAUCGUACAGAGCUUCCCUUGCGGAAUUACGGAAUCGAUUCGCGUUCUCUCACAGCUCCUUGGAUAUAGGCUCUCCUCCCGCCAGCCGCCUACACGAGCAUAUUCGGGGAGACGGGACGCGAAGUCCUACAGUCAACAACCGCGAUGAGGGUAGCGACGACGAAUGGGAAGACGAGGUCGUGUACACCGAGUCUACAUACUCCCAGUACCCUUCGCGCCUAGAUCUCUCCAAUCUCGCCGACGCUCCCCCUCUCCUAAACGACAUCCAACUGCAGCGCUACGUCCAUAGCGCUAAGUCGUCCCUCAACCCCCAAGACUUUACUGGGCGGGAGGAUGCGUCCUCACCGCCGGGUCCUAUCGGUAUGCGGCAGCCAUCAGGUUUCGACGGGCCCCAUCGACCGCAAUCUCGGUCACCUCCGGCGAGUGUUUGCGCUCCAAGCAUAGCCAAAUGCGCCAGUUGCGGACACCAAGCUGGCAGUGAGCAGGAAACCAACUUGCAGUCCGCUGCGCAGGAUACUACCCCCGCUGAAAAACAAAAACCCUUGCAAUGGAGGGUGCUGGCUGCGCAACGUCAUGACCGGGCCGAGAUGGCCCUCUUUGCAUGGGAAUGCUGUAAAGCCUCCUCGCAGUCUUGGUGGUUUGAGUCGGAGGAGUGGCGGGCGAUCCAGAGCGAGACACGGCGGAUCACUGAGGUCCUUGCGCCUACAUCAGCGGCAGCGGCAUCCUCGUCAUUGCGAAAGGCGAGAGAGGCGGUAGGGAAGUUGAAGACCAUGUUGGCCACUCGGCUGAACAAUGCGGGAUUCUUCUGGGCUAGACGCGAAACCGCUGUCGUGCCUUAA